AUGGAGUUUGUGACAGCCCUGGCAGACCUCCAGACAGGGGCUAGCUGUCCCAUCUGUCUGGACUACUUGAAAGAGCCAGUGACCAUCAACUGUGGGCAUAACUUCUGUCACUCCUGCAUCAGUAUGUUCUGGAAGAAUCUAAAUGAUACUUUCCCCUGCCCCUUUUGCCGUUACUGCUCUCCAGAAAGGAAAUUUGCAAACAAUCCCCAGCUGGGCAAUCUGAUUGAUGCUAAACUACUACAGAUAAGAAGCAAGAGGAAGAGGAAGGAAGAGAAGCUUAUGUGUGAAAAACAUAAUCAGAUUUUGACCUUCUUCUGUCAGAAGGACCUAGAAGUUUUAUGUCCACAGUGUAGUUUCUCCACUGAUCACCAGGAUCACUAUAUUUGGCCCAUAGAGAAAGCUGCUCCCUAUCACAGGAAAAGAUUGCAGAAUUGCAUUGAACCAUGGAAGGAGAGAGUAGAACAAGUUGAAAAGGUGAUAACUAUGCAAAGCAGAAAAUCAUUGGAACUGAAAAAGAAGGUACAAUGUAGGAGAGAAGAAAUAAAGUCUGAAUUUGAGCAAAUUUUGUUGUAUCUCAAAAAUGAGCAAGAGAUUGUUCUAUGGCAAUUACAAGAUGAAGAAAUGAAUAUUUUAACAAAGCUAAAUGAAAACCUAACAACAUUUUCAAAUCAUCUUUCCACAUUAAAACAUCUAUCAAAGGAGAUAGAGGGCAAAUAUAUGAAGUCAGAGCUGGAAUUACUGACAGAUGUUGAAAGUAUCUACUAUAGAUAUAAAACCUUAAAGUCCCCUGAACCUUUUUCAUUCCAGUUAAAAGAAUAUGGUUACCAUCUUGCUCCACAAUAUUCUGGCCUAAAUAAAAUUAUCAACAGAUUUCAGGUGCAUAUAAUUCUAGAUCCUGAAACAGCACAUCGUAAGCUUAUUGUCUCAGAAGACAGAAAAACUGUGUAAUAUGUAAAUAAAAGGCAUAACUUAACUCAUAACCCAAGGAGGUUUUAUCUCUGCCCAGCUGUCCUGGGUUUUAGGGGUUAUAAUUCUGGCAGACAGUAUUGGGAGGUGGAAGUAAAAGACAAGCCUGAAUGGAUCGUGGGUGUCUGUAAUGACUCUCUUCCCAGAAGGAGAAAGAAUCAGAAUCAACCAAUUUUAGUGCAGGAUGGACUAUGGGGUGUUGGACGAUGUAGUCAGAGUAAUUAUAUUGCAUUGGGUCCUAAAAAAACUAAUCUUCUGCCAAAAGUAAUACCUAGAAAGAUUGGCAUUUUUUUAGACUGUGAAUUGUGUGAGGUUUCCUUUUACAAUUUGAGUGAUAGAUCCCUUCUUUAUAUUUUUAACUAUUACUUUACAGAAACACUUUGGCCUUAUUUCUACACUGGAACUGACUCAAAACCUCUUAAAAUCUGUACAGUAACAGAUUCUGAAUGA